UCAACAUGAAGUUAGACAGGAAGAUUGGGUAUAGCGUUUAAAGAAUUUUAUCAAAUCGCUUAUCAAUUUACAACGUCUCAUGUUGGAAAAGCAAGUACGCGCCUUCGCCCGUCAUUUCAGGUCCUCUGGAAAUUAGAAUGCAAAGUUGGGUUGUGACAAAACAACUUUAAUCCUCUGUUUUGAAAACUAUCACGCUAACUUGUUAGCAUUUUUAACCAUGCUACGUGCGCCCAUGGCGCUGGCCGUGGGAAUAGAUUCGAGUCAAACGUAAUGUAGAUAUUCUACUGAGUUUUGCCUUUUCUGGGUUUAGCUAAAUUAGACAUAUCCAAACUCUUUGUGUGGACACAGGCCAGCAUGGUCCGUGGUGGUCGUCGGAAACGUAGAAACGAUGAUGGCUUUUAUCCGCCGGAACAGGGUCCUCCGCUCCCGAUGUGUCCUCCUCAACCACCGCCGCCUGGUUGGCAUGGGCCUUCCUUUCCGGACGGGCAUCCCGGCUACCCUAAUCCUGAUGUGAAUGUAAUGGAUGAUUCAAUGGUCUUCCGGCCAAUGAUGGAACCGGGUUAUGGACCGAUGGGCGACCCGGGAUUUGGGCCAGUCGGCCACGAUUUUAGGCUACAUUCUAAUCAAUUUCAUGGACCAAGACCUAUGAUGGAGCUCGACUAUGUACCUAUUCCCGACAUGGGACCUGGACCAGUAAUGAUCAGAGACCUCGGUCCACUACCUGACCGACAUAUAAUGCCCGAACCUCCGGAGUUUAGAGGUUUUGCGCCGCCUUUUGAUGAAAGGGCCGUCCCUUUCGGGCCGGUACGAUGUCCCCCUGCAAUGGGCGAGAGAUGUUUUGGCUCUGCAGUGAGGCCGAUGGAAGGGGGCUUUGGGACGGUAGGCGAGAGAGAAUUAUCUUCCUCGUCAAUGCAGGGUCCAGACCAGCGUGCCAUGUUCUUUGACGGUCCGAGAGAAUUUCAUGGACCCCCUGAUCAAGAUAUGCCCCCAGAUCACGGCCUCAGUGCAAGAAUAAUUGGACUUCCAGGAUGGGUGGAUACCUCAAUGCCCCCCCCCGGACAUCCCCAUGACCACCAAAUGACCCCCAGGCUGCCUGGGCCUCCCGUCCCUGAGCCUCCCCAGGCCAAACUGCUGGACCCCCCCGUCCCCAAGAAGCCAGAACCCCAAAAGAAGCCAAAGCUUCCUCCAAAGCUGAAUGCUAAGCCUCCCCCUGGACGAUUUCAAGGGAUCAUCUCAUUUGUUGGGUUGGAGUACGGCUUCAUUGAGCGGGAUGACCUGAAGAAAAUCCACUUCAGCUUUGAGGCCUUUUGGGGAGAUACAGCGGAAAUGAUCCCAGGAGUCAGAGUGCAGUUCACUGUCUACAAGGACAAGGACACGGGAAAGGAGUGUGCGACUGACGUUGUGGUGCCCCCUGGUGGCACUGAGGAGGUGGACGGCGAAAUUCUCUCCGGUGUUGUCACCAAAUCCCCCGAGUGUCAGGCUGAUGCAAAGACCCGUAAGCUGACCUUGCCCAAGUACGCGGGCUGCAUCCAGGCAACUCUGUUCAACGGCGAGAAAGCCGACCUCCCCUUCACAACGCACGACUACAUGCCCACUCUUCUGAUGGCCGACCACGUCCAGCUGAACCUGCUCACCGACCUGGUCACCAAGGAGAGGAGGGCCACCAACAUUGCGCUCGUGCCCAAUACCUUUCAGUACACUAACGAGAGCCGAGAGACGGGUGUUGUCAUGAACACGAAGGACGGCUCUGGCUCCAUCAUGUCUGAGGAGUGGAGUAACCUUUGCUUUGAUUCUUCUGAGAACCUGAGUGAGACUGAGCUGAGAGUAAUGGAUGAGGUGGAGUUCACGGUCUGUCCUGUGAGCGGUAAGGAGCAGCCGAAGGCGAUCAGAGUGAAAAGGCUGCCGGAGGGGACGGUAACGUUUGGGAAAAAGACCAGAGCGAGGAUCGCCGAGGCCAUGGAGAAGAACUCCACGAGAUUCACCAUGGAGAAGGGCAAGUGGAAAGCGGUGACCGCCGAGGCCCUGCCCCAGAGAACCGUGGUGUUUGAGGACGUUGACGUGACGCAGUACGAGGGGACGAUCGUGACCACCCUCGCCAAGGCCUCCGACAGGAUGCAGGGACAGGGGGACGCUGAAGCUCUCCCAGGCCUCCUGGUUGCCAUGGUAGCGGGCAAGGAUUGUAAUCUGCCAUUUGGCUCCGGUGACGUCACUUCAGAAGCCACCAUGAUGCCGGGUGACCGGGUCCAGUUCAACAUCUGCACCAAGCGCAGCACCAAGGCCGAGAGAGCCACCAACAUCGAGCUCCUACCAGACCGCAUGAACCACUCCCAGGAGCAGCGCGAGAAGGGUAUAGUCAUGGACAUCAGGGAGUCGUUUGGAUUCAUCCGCUGCUCGCAGGACCCUCAGCUCUUCUUCCACCUGAAGGAGGUUCUGGAGGAGAACAAGCUGAACCUCAUGGACGAGGUUGAAUUCACCGUCACUCCGGCCACAGCAGGGGAAGGGAACCAGGCAGUGAGGGUGAAGAAGCUGCUUUGGACUGCCUUCAGCUCCACGCCCACGCUGGAACGCCUUGGAGCACCAAGCAAAGAAAAGAAGAAAAUGACCAUCAAACUACUGAGAGACUCGGUGAAUGAUGAAAUAAAAAACUUGAAGGUCAAAAUUGAGGCCUUCAGCGCAGAAAGUGCCACAGACGAAGAUCCUAUAGAGCCCCUGAGCGAACCUGCCAGUUCAGGUAAGCAAGGGGCGGGAGACUUUAUUCCACCAACAUCCAAAAAUGAUCUCCAGCCAGUGAAGAUGGAAGAGGAGGGCAAUGGCAUCGAGGGUCAAGAGAAGAGCUCUUCCGGCACGGACACGCCCAGGCAGAGUAAAGAGGUGGGAGAGGGCCGAACGCGCGGGGACACCGCAGACCGCGGGCGGGUCACGCGGGCGGGAAAGUACGGAAGCCCCCACAGGGAGCACGGGAGGAGGCGUAGCCGCAGUCGCAGCUCAGAGCGCGGUUACAGGCACGAGCGCCGAUAUAGACGCAGUCGGAGUCGCAGCCGGGAGAGGAGCGGGCGGGGCGGCAGGAGGCGGAGCCGCAGCAGGGAGCGGGAGGACUCGUACAGCAGGAGGCGCGGCAGCGGCGGCGGCGGCAGGGAGUCGGCCAAAACGGGGAGCCGGGACGGCAGCGGCCGAAAAAGCGACGAUAAGAACGGUCCUCUUGUGCCGGACAGAGGCGGGGAGCCCGUGCCGAGGCUGUAUCCCAAACCCGUCGCUCAGGAACUACCCAGGUCUGAAAAUAUCCUGGAUGAGGAGCUGUCCCGGAAGAAGCGGGAGCUGGAGGAGCUGGAGGAGCACAUCGCCCGCAAAAGAGCCAUCAUGGCCAUGGCGCAGAAGGGUCUGGCCCUGAAGGGCCAGGCUAAAAAGGAGGACUCCGAGUCUGGCUACUUUCCGCCUCCUCAGGAGCCCACAAGUGCUGACAAACCCGCCGCCAAGCCCAUGAAGUCCAUUCUGAAAAAACGGACCGAACCUUUCGUGGACUUCUGCGACCAGAGUGAAAUCCCCAAAAACCUCCCUCUCAAGUCAAACUUUGAAUCUCAGUCCGGCUUUGGCUCACCCCCUGUAGACCAUCCUCCUUUCCUCGAUACCUCUGAGUCUUCCUUUAACUCGCCCCCUGACCGCCCUCCUCUUAGCCAAUCAAUACCCCAGCGUGAACCCGUUUGUCACCCUCCUCGUAGUCAGUCAGCCGCUCACAAACUCCCUUUCCACCAGCUCCCUGUCUGUUAUUCUCCUCCCAACCAGGAGGCCCCUGCCAAGAGCACCGCUUCCACUCAGUUUGAGGGAUUCCUCCGGACCAAAUCGGUAUCCCAGUCUGAACCUGUCCAUCAGCCUCCUCGCAGUCAGUCAGCUGCUCACAAACUCCCUUCCCACCACCCCCCUGUCUGUUAUUCUCCUCCCAACCAGCAGGCCCCUGCCAAAAGUGCUGCUUCCACUCAGUUUGAGGGAUUCCUCAGGACCAAAUCAGUACCCCAGCCUGAUUCUGUCCGUUACUCUCCUCACAGUCAGUCAGCUGCUCACCAGUCCGCUUACGAAGGGCCCCCUGCCGGUCGUUCUCCUCCCAGACAGCAAGCAUCCACCACAAGCGCCGCUUCCACCCAGUUUGAGCGAUUCCUUCGCACCCUCAACAAAGGUGUGGACGCCUCACUCCUCACUUCCCUUGUUAAAGAGGCCAAGGAGGAGGCUUUGACCCUUGAGGCAGUGAAGUCCCACAUGCCACCCCGGGGUGAGGUCCUCUACAAGGAUGAAGAUUCGCACGAGGAUUCGCACAGGACGACUACGGAGGAGCCGGACGAUUUCCUGCUGCCCCACGAGAGGGCGUUUCUCGAUGGCGGUGGGUUUUCGCGCAUCGUGGGAAUGAAGCACGGACCGGAAGCGAAGGAGGACAGCUGGAGGGAAGGCGACGUGGAGGAUGAGGAACGCUUUCUUUAUGGGGAGGGGACCGUUGAGGGGGAGCAUGGGAGUGCGAAGGUGGAGGCGAAGGAGGAGGUGGACAAGAGGCUGCGGGAGCCAAGCCAGACCGAGGAGGAGCCUAAGCCAAGGGAGGACAAGAUGUCACACUACGACAACAUCCAGAGCCUGCUCCAAACCAUUGGCCUCGACCUGGACAUCUCGGAGGUCAGCAAGCUGACGGACAGAACCCAGGAGCGGCUCUAUGGAAAGAAGCAGAAGGCCAGGCCGCCUGGGCAAGCAGGGGGUGAGUCCGGACGGGCGGCCAGCAGGUCUGGUCGGCACCGUAGUCAGACGGACUCUCCUGCCUCGGACCGCACCCGCUCAAUUUCCCCGGCACAGACCUCUCACCGGGAGGUCUAUAUGAGCCACCAUGGUGCCUUGGAGCACAGCAGCGUGCACGACAAGGAGAAAAUUUCCGCCAUCGUAAAGAUGGUCCGAAGCAUGCAACGAUCUCAUUCGCCCUCCCGCUCAACCCCCUCCUCCACCUCCACCUCCUCCUCUUCCAAAUAUUCUCAUGCACCCAGUGAGCCUUAUUCCCAGUACCAAAACGCUCCCGAGCACGAGCACACAUACAGCCAGCACAACGCCACACUAACGGCCUGGAAUAACGUUCCCCUGCAGCCUGAGGUGCAGUCAUCCUCAGCUUACUCGCAACACCCAGGCUCCUACAUUGACUCGCAACACUCUGGGUCGUAUGCCACUCUGCAGCACUCGGGAUCCUAUGUUAAUCCUCCGCAGUCGGGAUCCUACGUUAAUCCACAACACCCAGGGUCCUACGUCGGGCCACCCUCAACUUUUGUAAACGUUCCAGUGAGCCCCCAUGCAAUGGCCACAUUCUUACCCACCCAUUCUCUUCCCAAUGUACCCUUGGCUUCACCAGUGGGGCUGCCCUCCCUGCCGCCCUCCACAUUCGUCAGCACCUCUGUGCAAUUACCCCCUUUUGUUGGGCAGCCACCUCCAACAUUCACAGGGGCUACAUCCUACUACCCACUGCACCCCUUACCGGGGGUUCCUGUAAUGCCGAUGGGGGCUCCUACCUUCCCCGAUCCAGAGCCUGUUGCGAUGGAAUGGGAGAAUGACUACGAGGAGCUGGUGACUACAAGGUCUCGUUGUCUCAGGGUUAUCCAAAAGGUCCAUUUACCCGGGCAGAAGGUCAAGACGGUCUCAAAUUUGAAAGAAGUGACCAUGACAUGCAAGCAAAGCUCAGUUUCCACUCUGCCUCCAUGUUCUGCCCCCUCUGAGUCUACGGAGAAGAAGCAGCUGAUGACUAUAUCGGAGGAUGACAUCAAAGCCAAGCAAAAGAAAAGGCUGGAACAGUUCAAUGAGAGAAUGAGACGGAAGAAGGAACAACAGAAGGAAGCUAUGAAGUCUCGUGUAGAGAGCCAGAAAAUCCCACCAGCUGUCGAGCCAGUGCUGGUGCCUAGUUCUGAACCGGGAGCACACAGGAGUGACCCGUCGGAGGCCGGGCAAGAGAAAGAGGGGGAGGACUCCGGAAGGAGUGCGGGCGGCGAGGCCGCUGACCCAGCGGCGACGGUCGCUGUCCCAGCACUGCCGAUCGAUGACGCGGCGAGAGCGGCGCUACGGUGCAGAAGGACGGCGAUGAGGAGAGCAAAGCGGAGGCGCAUAAAAGAGAGGAGGAAGCUGGAAAAUGUACUGGGGAUGAACCUCAUGGGGAUGGACUUCGAAGAGUUUCAGAGGCAGGGGAUGGACCCCAAAACAUUCGCGGAGCUGGGGAUAGACUAUGACGCGUUGCUAACUGGAUUGCCGAAGGAACUGGAGAACCCGAGUUGAUCAAUCUGAUAGAUACAGUGCCCUCCAAUAAUGUUUCGGACAAAGACCUAUCAUUUAUUUAUUUGCCUCUGUAAUACAGAAUUGGAGAUUUGUAAUAAAAAAAAAUGUUAAAAGUGUGCACAUCAUCAGAUCAUAAUAAAGGGCCUUUUUUUAUACAUUUUGGUUUCACCAUGUAGAAAUGGUAUUUGUUGCAAAUCCUUUCCAUGCCAUGACUUUCAGAUGUCUGGGACCUAUCGGCAUCAUCAGAGUCUGGAUAUCUUCUUUUCAGGUUUUCCUGCAAGCGAUACUGAAACUCUUUACAUUUCAGUGGAUCUCUUGAAGUCAUCAACAGGCCAAGGUAUCAAAUCGGCCUCAAACUACCAUGAUGGUGCCAGAUAAGCAGUAGAUACGAAAAUAAUCGUUUCUGGCAGCACCAUUUGACACCUUGGACCCUUGAUGACUUAAAGCCAUUUAGCCAACAAAUGUGUUCUAUACUGUGUCAGCAUAAUUUUCAGCUAAGAGUUUUCACAUCGCUUGUUUAAGAACCUGAAAAUAAGAUAUCCAGACUGAUGAUGUUGAUAGGUCACACAUCAGGAAGUCAUGGCAUGCAAAGGAUUUGCAACCAAAUACCAAACAUGACAAAUUUAAUUCACAUAACAUUGCUGUGUCCCAAACAUUAUGGUGCUCUGAAAUGGGGGGACGAUGUAUAAGCACUGCUGUAAUUUCUAUAUGGUGAAACCAAAAUGUGUAAAAAGACCCUUUAUUAAGAUCUGAUGAUGUGCACUUUAACCUCGUGAUUUUUUUAUUUUUUUAUUACAAAUCUCUAAUUGUGGUGUACAGGGGCAAAUAAAUAAAUGAUGGGCCAAAUGUUAUGGAGGGCAGUAUAAUUGCAGUUGAAGGGUAGGAUGGGAAUCAAGGUCAAGACUGAGGUCAUGGUGAGGUCAUGAGAGAAAUGUGUGAGUGGCUUGAAGGAAGAUGUCCUGGCAAGAUGAUGAUGCUUUCAUCUGGGUUAGGGCAUUUUGCUUUAAUGAGACCAUAGGUGAGGAAUAAAAGACUUGAUUUUUGUAAGCUUAUUUUUAGUUUGAAAUUCUAUGAGUAUUACCAUUUCAAAAUAAAAAUAAGCAUUUCACCUACCUUGCUGUGAAUGUGUUAUUAUUUUACUCCAAUAUAAUUGUACUCAUUGUUCUUAACAGGAUAUUGGAAAAAGCACUUGCUUGAAAUGUUUGUUUUAAUUUAGCCAUUGAAUCCCCAUUGAGCAAUGAGACUGCCGCUAAUUCAUUAUUUUGAAAAUGGGCCUGGGCAAGUCGGAACUCAGGGUGCUCCUGGCAGCAACAAGAGAGUGGGGGGGGACUUGAUCAAGCUGGGCAGGCCAGUGGUGACCACAUCCGGCCUGGUUCUGAUGCUGUACCAGACCAGUACUGGGGUCCACCUGUCUGGGAAAGGCAUCAACAUGUUCAACAUCGACCUGCAGGACUUCCUGGAGAAGUGGGAAGAGAAAUAAGACGCUGAUCCACUUUAGGCGAAGGCCUUGAGGUGUUGUUAAAUGCUCCUGUUCAUUUCCUGCUUGUUACUAGACAAAUGUUUUACUAUUGUAAGGGCAGGUUUUGUUAUGAAUGUAGCUUGCUGCCUGUACCAAACCAAUAAGCUUUGAAGGUUAUGCACAACUAUACUGCAAAUCCUGUAUUCAUUUGUACACACAUGCAAUGUUUUAUGUCGUUUUGUGUUUUCUAAAAAAUUAAAAGUGCAAUGUGUAUUGAACAAUAAAAAAAUAAUAAAAACCUAAAAACA